AUGGCGGCGCCCAUAGCGCUGCAGCUGCGGGAGCUGCUCGACCCGCGGCCCAGCCUCCGCGACCCCGAGGACGACGCGGAGGAAGCUACAGUUGCUAAAGUGAUUGACAAAUUUGAGGAUGAAGCUGCAGAUGACAUUUUACCUGUUGGCAAUAUACGGAAAAAAGCUUCAGCUUCUCUCCUGGAAGCUGAUAAAAGGUACAUAGGAAAAGCCACAUCUCGCAAAGCCUUGCAGGAAGAGCGCUGGGGAGAUGCUCUGUCUGAAGAAGGAUCUGCUGAAGAAGCUUUAGAUGAAUGGUCCAGUGCCAGUGAAGAUUUGGAAGACGAGGGCAGUUUAGACAGUAAAGCAAAGGAGGAACCCAGCAGUGCUGGCAGUGACCAGGAAGAUGAUUUGGAGGAAGAAGAAGAGAAAGAAGAAGAUUCAUCUGCUGAGAUCAAGGCACCAAAGUUCAGUUCCCAGAACAUCAGAGACUUUGAGAAAUUUGCAGAGGGGAUGGAUGAUGUAGGAAGCAGUGAAGGGGAAGAUGAAGAUGCUGCCAGCAUGGAGGAAGCAAGUGAUGAGGAGGAGCAUGAGAACGAAAACCAUGACAAUUUAAAAGACACCAAAGAGAGCGAGGAUGAUGGAGGGGUGAUGACAUUCUCAAAAGAACAAGCGACUGAAGAAGUAGAGAAGGGAAAAGCUGUGAAGAACCAGUUAGUGCUCUGGGAUCACCUACUGGAAGGGAGAAUCAAGAUGCAGAAAGUCCUCCUGACAGCUAACAGGCUUCCUCAGCCAGAUACUUACCCAACCUUUAAAAAGGAGGGUGGACAAGAAUUUGACAAUGCUGUCAAGAACGGUUACAAAGCCCUGGAGGCAUUGCUGAAAACAUUAGUGGACCUUCAAGAUGAGCUGCUUUAUGAAUACCCAGGCACCAGGCAUCUGGUAGACGGAAAGCAAUCCAAAAUUGAGAGCGAAGAUGAAAUCCUCAGCAGUAGCGAUGAGGAGAAAGCAGAUGAAGCUCAGAAGAAGAGGAGGAAUGUCCCCAAACGAAAGCUGAAGAUGGAAGACUACCCGGAAUUUGUGGCCAAGCGGUUUGCUGACUUCAGAACGUAUCGGAACAAUGUCUUGCAGAAGUGGCACGAGAAGACAAAGUUGGCAUCGGGCAAAAUGGGAAAGGGUUUCGGUGCCUUUGAGCGUUCAAUCUUGACUCAGAUUGAUCAUGUUAUGAUGGACAAAGAGAGAUUAUUACGGCGGACUCAGACCAAGCGAUCAGUGUAUAAAGUGCUUGGAAAGCAGGAACAGGAAUCUCAUCCAGUCCCUGAAUCUUUGCCAGAAAAUUCGGAGGUCCUCCCUCACACAGAUUCCAACAGACACCUGAAGGACAUAGAUGAGGAGAUAUUUGAUGAUGAUGACUUUUAUCACCAGCUCCUUCGAGAACUUAUUGAACGUAAAACAAGCUCACUGGACCCCAACGAUCAGGUCGCAAUGGGCAGACAGUGGCUGGCCAUCCAGAAGUUACGAAGCAAAAUAAAGAAGAAAGUGGACAGAAAAGCCAGCAAAGGAAGGAAAAUACGGUACCAUGUCCAUAGCAAGCUGGUGAGCUUCAUGGCACCUAUUGACCACUGUACAAUGAAUGAUGACGCCAGGACAGAGCUUUAUCGGUCGCUGUUUGGGAAGCUGGCGCGUGCUGAGGAGCAGGAGCAGAGCUAGAGCCGCGCGGAGGACGCGGCCCCGGCGGGGCUGCGUCCCAUUCCCAGCGCCCGUGAGCUCCCAUUCCCAGCGCUUCUCCUCGCGUUCCUGCCCGUGGGCUGCGAGCUGCUGCACGGGGAGCACCGGCCCCACGGGCGCCCCUGCAAGAAACCCUGGAGGGUUUUAAUCUGUGGGGCUGCGGGCUGCAUCUCUGCAGCGUCUGACUCUGUCCUCACUGCCUCGAGAGGAUUUGCAUGUCAUUUACAUAAUUAGUGUAGCCUUAAAACA